GCAUGCUGUCCCGAUUGUGGCGGUCCUCCGUCGGGGGACGUUCCGCCGAGUCGAAGAAGAGUAAAAAACGUGUCACCCGCCUGGUGGUGGUCGUGGUGGCCGCCUUUGCCUCGCUGUGGUUUCCAAUACAGGUCAUACUGGUGCUUAAGAGUGUGGGAGUUUUUGUAUCGGAUACGUACUUCAAAAUAUCACUUCAAAUUAUAUCCCACGUACUGGCGUACACGAGUUCCUGCAUCAAUCCGCUGUUGUACGCAUUUUUGUCCGAGAACUUUAGGAAAGCUUUUCGAAAGAUUGUCUAUUGUGGACCGAGUGGCCGAUGGCAGGACAACACACGGCACAUGCCAUUACCAACGAAAACGACACGCACAGGAAGCUGCCAGGGUCAGGACAUUUUAUAACCAGAAAUGGAGCAAACAUCCGUCGCAUACUUUUAGGCGAUCUAUAAAUCACACCUGUCAUCCUGUUCACCUUUCUCACUAUCAUCAUUGGCCACAACGGCAAAAGUUAUCAGUUUCCGAGCUCUUUCAGCUCGGACCUUCGUUACUACCGAUCACGAUAAGCCGCAUAUAAUUCACGUGGCAUCUACCUUUUAUUAGCGGUAGGCCAAACAUCCCGGUGCGUAACGGGUCGGAAGCAAAUUAUUUUCGCUAUCAUCGUCUGAUGCAGUGCUCACCGGUGGAAGGAUUAUUGUGGAUGCAUGUGUGUAUGUGUGAGUCAGGCAACACUCUCAUCAACCUGCUCAACCAGAUAGCGUCGACGGCAAACAACAACGGACACUUACCCGGCGGAACUCAAUGGAUUAUCCCUAAUUAUCCUGUGGCAUCUAAUGUUUCUCCUUAUCGGCCGCGUUCGUCCAGUGGCUGGUUGGCGGCGUGCACAUACUGGAACAACGAGCCAAGACGUAUCCUGCUUCGCUCUGCUGCCAAGAUUGCAAGGCAGAAAGCAUCGUACAUACUUAGGAAGUAAGAAUGUAUAUAACAUAGUAUAGCUAUUGGCUUCUACCAGGGCACAACGACACGCACACACGAACGUACUCGCGUCAGUUAAUGAGGUAUGAAACUGUUCAUCCGGGCGGAGAUGGAGCGGCCAACUUAGGUCUUUAGGAUUUAACCUGUGCACUCACUGUUAAGCAGGAAAUUACUGAAGGAAAAUGAUAACGUUCUUAAAAUUUAUGAUGCUCGGUCCACAUUCAGACUAAGUAUGCAGCAAUUUGGCUGAGUAUGAUACUAAACUUUACGAAUACUUUGAAAGUUACUAUUUUAAAGCUUGGUUACAUUUCAAGCUCGGUGUUGUGUGAAAUUUGUCACCCUUAUUGUCGAUUGCUUUUUGGUCAGUAUUUCACCUUUAAGGUCAGGAAUUUCAGUUCAUCUUGUGACCUAUUUACAGUCUACUUCCGGACCAGCUUUCGUUCGGCGGAUGUUUGCUUAACCGUCCAUAAAUAAAUAAAAUGGUGCAGCUCACGCAAGUUUUGAAAGCUUGAGGGUUUUGAAAUUUUAAACUGAUUUCUUUACAACUGUCACCGGAAACAACAUAACGACCUAAAUACGGUUCAUGCAUUAUCGAUGACUCCUUUUCCUUUUCAUGUCACCCUUCGUCGUUAGCGUAGGGCAUGAGUUUUUCACGACAGAAGACGAAAUCGAAAGAAAAGUGUCUUGGAAUUAAUUGAAUCGAACAAGAACUUGGCACCAGGCCUGUCGGCUCUCGUCAGAAGGGCGAAGCUCGAAAGUGAUUAAUCUUUCUUUUAUCUUCAACACUUUCCGCACCUUUUGACAGAUACAAAUAAGCUUUGGUCGCUCCGCCAUAUCCCACUGAACAGAAAAAGGUUAGCAAAAGUGCUGAGGAAAAUGGCUUUCAUGAUUGCGUUUGUUUUGUUCGAACGCUCCGACUUCGCCUAAAUCUUGAUUAAUAUGCAGUAGAUCAUCCUCUAAAACGGCGCACAACCCCGCUAGAGGGCUAACAAAACGCGCGUUGUGCCGCAUUUUUCAUAUCCCGACCCCCUUCCAGCCUCGCAGCAUCCAUUUUGCGCGGUACGCCUAUUAUGGGAAGAUUUAUAACACUUUUAAACAGAAAUAUUAUAAGCGAAACGUGCGACACAAAGAAAAACCCUCCUGCAGGGAAAACAUGAGUUCUCGUAAAAUGAUAAGGACUUCUAAAGCGAAAGGAAAUUUGACAUCGAAGUAGAUGCAUUCGUUCUUUUUUUAAAUGAGUAGAGUUUUACCUUAUGGUAUAAAUUUUUGAACAGAAGAAAAUGGUAGAUUUAAUUCACUCGUUCUGUAGAUAGAUAGACUAUUGUAUUGUAAUGUAAUCUACAGUAAAGUUAAACUUAACUUGUAUAGAUAAAUGUAGUCAGUAGCGAGUAUUUUUCUAUAUUUUCUAUAUUUACAGCCGGAAGAGUAUGCACCUAUUCUUAUCAAUACAUUUGUGUGCCAGAUAGAGUUCAAAUAGAUGAAAUUAACUGAUAGUAUAUAAAGUUUAUCAAUAGCCAUGUAGUAAAUGUUGAUGUUCCGAGAAACUUUGUUGCUACGCUUUAGAUUUUAUUUCCUAGACGAGACCAGAUGUUAAUAACGAAGGCAAACAUGAUAACUUGAGCCCCAGAGUUUUUCAAACUUUCCAAGCAGUUUUAAUGAAUCCGGUUGUUAAUGAAUAUUUCCUUGACAAAACUUACAUGAAUGGCAAUCAUAGUAAGCAGCAUUUAAAGCACCUAAAAUAAUCCAAGUAAUUUAAAAUGGUUACACACGCAAGUAAGACAUUGUAAAUAUGAUUGUGGAAGCAGUUAAAGGUUUACGACGUUUAUUUCAAGUGCAAUAAGUAUCGGUUGAACUUCUUGCCAGUGUCUGGCCGAGUCCCGAGAUUCUCACCGUAGUGGUGAAGGAAGAAUUCUGUUCCGUCAAAGGUAAGUUUGAAGUUGUUCGACGAAAAUUGUGAAAAUAUUUACUCACUAGAGAGUAGUUUCACUUUUGGCGAAAGUGAAUGAAAUUAUACUUUCUUGAGAGUAACAUUCAAUUAGCGUGUACGGAGGAUUAGGUUUUUUUACCGUCACUGCUAACCUCAAUCGGAUGAACACAUUUUGACAGUUGAGCGGUUGUGAACAGAGAUUAUUUUGUUUAUCUGUUGACAAAUUGGACUAGACCAUUCGCGGUCCCUAUUGCCUAAAAAGAGUUUUAAAACAUUUGUUCACGAUUGGAUACGGUUUGUUUUUGAGAUUUAUUAAAUGAAAGUGACUAGUUGCAAAGUGUAAAAAGGAUUGUUUAGGUUGUGUUCUUCGAUUUUUGUUUAAGCUUGUUUGUGGACAGUACCGCUGAACUGUGAAGGAGGAAUGCUUGUUGAUUUGUGACGUCACGAUAAAACGUAAACAUAUCAAAUGGUCCUAAAAACCAAUGACAGAUUCUAUUUAUUUAUUUACUCUUUCGAUUAUUUUUGCGUUAUUAUAAUAAUGUUCUUUGAAUAAAUAGUACUUACUCUUACUCUUUCAGUCGUAGACCACGCGGGUCUCUGCUGUAUACAGGAGGCGUCUCCAUUCAACUCGGUUCAUGGCUAUUCGCCGCCAGCCUCGGUAGCUGCGAAGGAUCCGCAGGUCGUCCUCAAUUUGAUCGAUCCAUCUUGCCCGCUGCGCGCCUCUUCUUCUUAUACCGGUCGGAUCAUUAUCGAGAAUCAUUUUAAUCGGGUUGUUCUCCGACAUUCUAACCACAUGCCCGGCCCACCGUAACCGCCCGACCUUGGUCUUUUGGACGAGGGUUGUUCCUCCCAGCAACUGGUGCAGUUCAUGGUUCAUUCGCCUUCUCCACGUACCGUCUUCCAUCCGCACUCCGCCGAAGAUAGUUCGCAACACCUUCCGUUCAAAAACACCUAGUGCCCGCCGAUUCUCCGCAAGCAUUGUCCAGGACUCAUGCCCGUAGAGGAUAACCGGUCUAAUCAGCGUUUUGUAGAUAGUUAACUUCGUACGACGGCGAAUUUUACUCGAUCGAAGCGUCCUGCGCAGUCCAAAGUAAGCACGAUUUCCUGACAAUAUGCGUCUCUGAAUUUCUCUGCUGGUGUCAUUAUCGGCAGUCACCAGUGAGCCUAAGUACACGAACUUGUCGAUCAUUUCGAUUUCAUCACCACCAAUCAGAACUCGUAAUGGGAGGCUGACGUUAUCUUCUCUCGAGCCUCUGCCUUUCAUGUACUUUGUCUUUGACACAUUGAUGUCUAGUCCGAUCCGCUUGGCCUCAGCUUUUAGUCCGAUGUACGUAUCUUCCAUCUUCUCAAAGUUGCGUGCUAUAAUAUCAAUAUCAUCAGCGAAACCAAGUAGCUGGACGGACUU